AUGAAGAGAUUCUUUCAGAAUCUCUUUAAAAGAAAAGAGGUUCAAAAUAAUACUUCAAAUAAACCUACAGGAACAACAACUCCACAAAGUAGUACACCUCAAAACAAUACAAAUCCUCAAAACAAUACAAGAAAAGAACAACCACAACAAACAGCACCAACAGUAACUACAGCUCCAUCAACAACAACAAACAAUACAAAUACAAAUACAAAUACAAACAAUACAGCUAAUCCACAACCAUCUCAACAAAACACUAAUAAUAAUAACAAUAAUAAUAAUAAUAAUAAUAGUAACAAUGUUUUUACUCCAGGUGUAAUUUCACCAAAACUAACUUCACCACCAGAAAGUCCAAGACCGCAAAAUAAUACCACUACACCACAAACGAAUAAUACACCAAAUGCAGCAACUCCAAAUAAAACAAAUACACCAAAUUCACCAAGCACUACUGCCUCACCUUCAAAUACAACAAAUAAUAAUAAUAAUAAUAAUAAUAAUAAAACAGAUGUUAGUAUUAAUCAUACUAGUAGCGAACAAUCUUUAAAUAAUGUAAACAAUAAUAAUAAAGAAGCAGAGAAACCAAAAGGUCCAACACCAAACGAUUAUACUCCAUUAGAUUUUGUGGACUCAUCUCCAAAAAUCGAUUCUGCACAACCAAAAAGAAAAGCAUCGGGUCCACCAGAAAUUUUACCAGAAGAAAUCGAUCGAACUGAUUUCCUUGGUCAAGGUUCAUUUGGUUCUGUAUAUAAAGGUAAAUGUCGUGGUCAAGAAGUAGCUGUAAAAAUUCCAAGAAAGCAAAAGCUUAGUUUAUAUGAAUUAACAAGUUUCAGACAUGAAGUUAAAAUCAUGAGUAAAAUUUUCCAUCCAAAUGUAGUAUUAUUUUUAGGUGCAUGCACACAAUCAGGCAAAAUGCAAAUUGUUACAGAACUUUGUCAAACCGAUUUAGAAAAACUUCUUCAUAAUGAUCGUACAAAGAAAGAAUUUACCUUAUUUAGAAGAAUGCAAAUGGCUAAAGAUGCAGCUUUAGGUAUGAAUUGGUUACAUGGAAUUACAAGAAUUGUUCAUAAUGAUUUAAAAACAGCAAAUCUUUUAGUUGAUAUUAAUCUUAGAGUUAAAGUAACUGAUUUUGGUUUUAGUCAAAUUAAAGAGGGUGAAGAGUUUCAAGAUAAAGCAGCUAAGGGAACUCCAUUAUGGAUGGCUCCUGAAGUUAUGAUGGGUAAUCCAUAUAAUGAAAAAGCAGAUGUUUAUAGUUUUGGUAUUAUUUUAUGGGAAAUUUUAACAAAAGAGGCACCAUAUUCACAUCAUAAAGAUUACGAUAUUUUCUUCAACGCAAUUUGUCACGAAAGAGAAAGACCACCAAUUCCAAUUGAUACACUUCCAAGUUUACGUCAUUUAAUUCAAAUUUGUUGGGAUCACAAUCCACAAAACAGACCAUCAUUCAGCGAAAUUCUUUUUAGACUCAAUGAAAUUCUUAUCGAUUGUGCAAUUGAUCUUGAUGAUGGCAGAAAAUUCUGGAAAGAUUACUUUUUAGUUCCAAAACAAGAAUUACAAGAAGAGGUAGAAUGGGCAGAUUUUGAAAAAACUUUAAAACAAAUUCAUAAACAACCAAACUUUGACUAUUCACCAUUAAAAGAGCUUUUAGUUCAACAAUCACAUCAAACCGUUCAAAAAACCAAACAAGUAGUUACCAUGGAUAGAUUUGAUAAAGUAGCAAAAUGGUUUGGACCAUUCUACGAUCCAAAUACCGAAAUUAUUGAAAAUAUAAAUAAACUCUCUGCAAAAGUUUGGUUCCAUGGUGAUAUUGGCAGAGAACAAGCCACCUCUAGAUUAUCAAAAUCCCCAGAAGGUUCUUUCUUAAUUAGAUUGUCCUCAACUGAACCAAAGACCUGUCCAUUCACUUUAUCAAUGAAAAAUAACCAACACCGUAGAAUUCAAUUAAUCGAUGAAAAUAAUUUUACUGGUUUCAAAAUUCAAGGUAAAACUGCAGUUUACAAUAGUCUAAUCGAAUUGGUAGAAAAAUGUAACGACUAUCCAUUAUUAGUACCUUGUCCAAAAUUCACUCAAGAAAAUUUCAAUCCUUAUGAUCCAUUCAGUGAAUAA